GUGCCCCCGGCAGCCUCCCGCUCAGCCGCCAGCGCCGGGGCGGAGGAGGCGGCCGGCUGUGCCCAUGGCAGCCCGGCUACGCUCCCUGCGCCUGCUGCUCUUGCUGGGGAUGUGGGCCGUCACCAGCCACGGAGGAGCCGCUCUGAGCCCUGGAGGCACCAUCCUGCAGCUCACCGGCGGCGGCUGCCGCUGUGCCGGGAUGCUGGAGGUGCAGUGGGAGGGCAGGUGGAACCGCGUGUGCCGGUACAACAUGAGCAAGGUCAGCAUGGACAACAUCUGCCAGCGGCUGGGCUGCGGCCCCCCCAUCGCCAAGCCCCUCCAGCUCAUCUUCACGGGUGGGAAGGAGCCGUACAAGGGGACGCUGCGGUGCAUGGCGUGGGAACCCACCCUGGCAAGGUGCAACUGGCAGCUGGCAAACUGCACGGAGCACGCUGUUCUUGCCUGCAGCGAGCCGGCGAAAACCACCCCCAAGCCCACGCCAGUGCCCCUGACCACCAGCCCGGAGCCCACCGGACUCGCCAGGCUGCGGCUGGUGGAUGGGGAUUUUGGCUGCUCGGGCUUCAUAGAGCUGCACAGGCAGGGGCUGUGGGGGGCCGUGGCGGACAGCCCGGGCAUCUGGCCAGAGCUGGCCACCCGCAUCUGCCAGAAUCUCAACUGCGGCACCGUCAUCGGCAACCAUGGCCGCGCCAAGCUGGAGCGGGAAAGCCACUUGCCGGUGCGGUGGGAGGUGGUGAAGUCCUGCAAGAACUCUGAGCUCUUUGAGUGCUUCAACAGGACCAGCGCCCGGCGGGGGGAAGCGCCCGCCUUCAUCACCUGCUCCGGCUCCCAGCCCCAGGCCCUGCGGAGGCUGGCUGCUGGCCCCACGCCUUGCGAAGGGGACAUCGAGGUCUUUCACGAGGGGCGGUGGCGGGUGCUGUGUGACAACCAGCAGCAGCGAGCCGAGUGGGGCAGGCAGCUGUGCCAGGAGCUGCGGUGUGGGAACCUCUCGUCCAGCACCGAGAUCCAGGACCCCAACUUGAUGGGUGUCACCUGCAGGGUCCCCACCCUGCACCUCUGCUCUGUCAGCCUCGGGACCUCCCGGACCUGCUCCCGGACCAGAGUUGUGUGCCAGGACUCGAAGCCGCGUCCCGCUGGCACGGCAGCAGGCACCAUCGUGAGCAUCUGCCUGGCCCUGAUCCUCUUUGGCAUCCUCUUGCUCAUCUGCGGCCCACCUGCCUACAGGAGGCUGAUGAAAAGAAUCGCCAAAAAGAAGCAGCGCCAGUGGAUCGGCCCCACGGGACUCAACCAGACGGUCUCCUUCCACCGUAACAGCACCGUCACCCUGAGGCCGCGGACGGAGGGGCAGCGGGUGCAGAGUGGGGACAACGACUACGCUCAGCCCCCCCAGAAGAGCUCCUACCUCUCGGCUUACCCAGCCCUGGAAGGCGCGUGCAGAGCUUCCAACCCUCCGGACAACUCCUCCGACAGCGACUACGACCUGCACUCUGCCCGCACAGUGUGACCCCCCCCCCCCCCCGCCCUCACCAGAGCUGGGACCCCCUCGGGCCACCCUGGUCCCCGGCCGAGCCACCCCCCCGCCCCACCCGCCACCCAGCGCUGACCCAGGGUGGUCACGCACGUGGCAGCAAAGCUGUGCAACUGCUGAAUUAGCGGCUUUUCUUGCAUUUUUUCGGCAAGCGACCUCGUUUCCUUCGUCAGCCACCUUCCCGCCCUGCAGGCAGAGGUGGGAUGCAGCACAAGAAAGGUAAAUUUUGAGCAAGCCUUUCUAGCAGAAGCCAUCCCUGCCCGCGGCAGGGGAUUGAACAAGAGGAUCUUUGAAGGCCCUUUCCAAUCCAAACCCUUCUGUGGUUCUAUGCAACGAUGAACCGAACGAAGCUGACUGAAGAGAUGACAAAUACCUGCGCUGCUCACCUUGGAAGAAAGCCUGCCCUCAUCCCCCCCCCCCCCCCAGAGCGUGGUGGGAGACCUCCGGGGCCGCGGCCCCCCAGCCCCUGCCGGGGUGGGAGCCAAACCCACCCAUGCUCCUCCCUACCUGCUCGUACCGGGCACCAGGCACGCACGGCUCAGCUCUAACCCAGCCUGGCUCGGCUUCAGCUGCGCACCGGUACCCGAGCACCCUUCUGAGCAAGCUUCCUCUUGCUUUUUGAGCCUCCCUUGUGGGAGAGUGCGAGGUGGGGGAGUUUUUUUAAGCUAUUCGUAUGAGUCUAAGAGGCAGCUGGGUUGCAGCAGGGUUCAUACCCGCACUGAGAGCGGAGCAGCCACGCUCACAGCCGUUUGGAGGGGAUUUGACGGCUUCUCCGUCUCUCAAAAGCAGGGUAACCACACUCCUCCUCCCACCCAGGCCAGGCUGAAAGCGAAAUCGGCUGCUGUCUGCCAGGCGCUCCGAUACCGGGGCGCCGAGCUUCGCGAGAAAGACUGAGAGACCCGCGUCGGCCGGGUCUUGGCUGUGCUUGCGUGGGACGGCGCGAGAUUUGGGCAGGUGCAUAAAGCGAAGCACGGAUGCGAGGAGCACGGGGAGGGAAGAACUACUGAGAAUCAGUCUGAGAUAUUUAAUAAGCAAUAACUGUUGUAAUAAAAUUGGGGUUUUUUUUUC